GAUUAUUGGGUUAUUUUCUUUGAUAGAUGUCCUUUGUUUUUUUUUUUCUUGGGUAGGACUUCAAUGAUAUAUACAUGUUGAAAGAUGGUGACUUUCGUUUAUUUCUCUUUUCUGUAGAAAACAGAGUGGUGUUUUUCCCUCUUAUCUCAUGUGGGAUUCUUUUGAAGUUUAGAUUUGUGAGGGGUUUCUACAUGAAAAUCAUGUGACGUUAGAAGAUUUUCAAAUUGUGGGAUCAUCGAAAAUUUACACACUCUCUCUCUCUCUUUCUUCUUUCAUUUUCAGUGUAAUUGAUGAGAUUACAUUAUUGCAUGAGAUUACAUUAUUACAUUUUUUUGAUGGGAAACACAUGCCGAGGAUCCGGCCAACUCCAUCAGGGCUUCAGUGAGCCCGAGGAACGUUCUUCCAAACAGAGCUACGCUUCUUCAGACCAUUCCACCUCUGAUUAUUCCCGUUCCGGCUUAAAUGAUCAACAACUUGCUCCCCAAGUUAUCCCCAAAUCGACCACAAAAGAUGCCAAUUUGGUUACCACUGUCCCCCCCAAGAAAGAGAACUCCAUGAAGCGUGGCUUUGAUCACCAUGUUUGUCAUGUUCUGGGUCAUAAGACCCCCAACAUCCGUGACCUAUACACCAUCGGUCGCAAGUUAGGACAAGGUCAGUUCGGGACUACUUACUUAUGCACUGAGAUUUCGACCAGCUUCGAGUAUGCCUGCAAGUCCAUAUGCAAAAGGAAGUUGCUUUCAAAGGAGGACGUGGAGGAUGUUAGGAGGGAGAUUCAAAUAAUGCACCAUUUGGCUGGUCACAAGAAUAUUGUCACCAUCAAAGGUGCAUAUGAGGACACUUUAUAUGUGCAUAUUGUGAUGGAGCUUUGCUCUGGAGGUGAAUUGUUUGAUCGAAUCAUCGAAAGAGGGCAUUACACCGAGAGGAAGGCGGCUGCGUUGACAAAGAUCAUUGUUGGGGUUGUCGAGGCAUGCCAUUCACUCGGGGUUAUGCAUCGCGAUUUAAAGCCUGAGAAUUUCUUGUUAGUUAACAAGGAUGAUGAUUUCUCGCUCAAGGCCAUUGAUUUUGGACUAUCAGUGUUCUUUAAACCUGGCCAAAUUUUUACUGAUGUGGUUGGAAGCCCGUAUUAUGUCGCCCCAGAAGUACUCCUCAAGCAUUACGGACCGGAGGCUGAUGUAUGGACUGCAGGAGUUAUACUCUACAUAUUGCUAAGUGGCGUCCCACCAUUUUGGGCCGAAACACAACAAGGAAUAUUUGAUGCCGUGUUAAAAGGAAAUAUUGACUUCGAUUCAGACCCAUGGCCGGUAAUAUCUGAUAGCGCAAAGGACUUAAUACGGAAGAUGCUAUGCUCCCAACCUUCAGAACGGCUAACUGCUCAUGAAGUAGUAUGUCAUCCAUGGAUUUCCCAAAACGGGGUUGCCCCAGAUAGGGCACUGGAUCCUGCCGUACUUUCUCGUCUCAAGCAAUUCUCGGCAAUGAACAAACUAAAGAAGAUGGCUUUACGGGUAAUAGCUGAAAGUCUAUCCGAGGAGGAGAUUGCCGGUUUGAGAGAAAUGUUUACAGCUAUGGAUACUGAUAACAGUGGAGCAAUCACAUUUGAUGAACUCAAAGCUGGUUUACGAAGAUAUGGCUCUACCUUGAAGGAUACUGAAAUCCGAGACCUUAUGAAUGCAGCUGAUGUCGACAAUAGCGGGAGCAUCGAUUACGGGGAGUUCAUAGCUGCAACGGUUCACCUUAAUAAACUAGAGCGUGAAGAACAUCUUGUUGCGGCAUUCAAAUACUUUGAUAAGGACAACAGUGGCUACAUCACGGUCGAUGAACUUCAGCAAGCCUGUGCCGAGCAUAACAUAACAGAUGUUUUGCUGGAGGAUAUAAUCAGAGAAGUUGAUCAAGAUAAUGACGGAAGAAUCGACUACGGCGAAUUCGUAGCCAUGAUGCAAAAAGACAAUUCAGGAAUCGGAAGACGAACCAUGCGGAACAGUCUAAAUUUGAGCAUGAGAGAUCCAGUAGGUGCUCAAUAAUUUUGUCAAACUUCAUUUUAUUCCCCACCUUGAAUAUUUAUGUUUGACCCUCGCUAAAUUUUAUCAAUUUUCAUUUUAGCCCCCACAUUAAAUAUCUAAAGUUAUUGUAAUUUCUUUUG